UUUUCAUCUCUAUUUUUCAACCAUCUCUUAAAUUCUCUCUUUCCCAUGGAUCUUCUCUUCAAGUUCAAGCUCUGUUUUCUUGUCGCAUCUCUUCUUUCCGCCACCACCGCGUAUGGAGCAGCCAUCAUCUCUGGCACUGUCUUUUGUGAUCAGUGUAAAGAUGGCCAAAUAUCUUUCUUCGAUUUCGAUCUUCCCGUCAAUGGAGUUAAAGUUACGUUAGCUUGUGGGGAUGGAAAAGGAGGAUUUUUUAAUGUGAGAGACGACGUCACAAAUUUUUUAGGAAGCUUUGUGAUGAAAGUGGAUGGAACGCCUGAUCUUAGGGGUUGCACUGCGAAGGUUAGUGGAGCCGCACCGGGAUCGAGGACAAACUGUACCGUACCUGGUAGCCCGCCAAGGAGUCUUAAGUUGGUGUUUAGGUUGUUGAACCUGGAAAUGUAUUCGCUUGUUGGUCCUUUGGUAUCUCAACCUGCUCAACCAAAGCCGUUUUGUAGUCGUCAUGUUCCGGUUCCUGGGCCGAAACCACCAUCUCCACCUUCUCUGCCGCCCAUUCCAAAACUGCCGCCACUUCCGCCACUUCCCCAAUUGCCGCCACUUCCCCAAUUGCCGCCACUUCCGCCGCUUCCAUCGUUUCCACCGCCGAUGCGUCAGAUGCCGCAUAUGCCGUACUUGGAAGCUUCUUCUGCUUGCCAACAUGAGAAUUGGACAAACCCAGAUUACAAAUGCUAUUGGAGGGCAGUGAACCCAGACACAAAGGUAGCCGUUGUUUUUGGAGUAAUAGCAGCGAAGCGAUACGGAACAGACCUGACCCUAGAGAAGGGACUACAAGGACGAGGGGACCCUUAUAAGACCCUUUUAAGGGAAGCCAUAACAGCGCUUCUUAAUUCCUAUAAUUCCCUUCAUUUCCCCUACCCUCCACUCUCUGUUGUCAAACACUUUAACUGGGCCUUAUUGAGCUCUCAACGCUCCGUCCUCCUCACUGCCCUUCACUUCAAACAUGCCAACUCCGGCGGAUACAGCCACGUCUCCUGUAAAUUCGAGCGUUGCAAGUGACGGUCACCAUCGUACAAAAUUUACCAUUUUAGUUUCCCAAGUUUUGGUUUUGAAAAAUAAGUUUGUUUGGUUAGAUUUUCUAGUUUCCAAGUUUUGAGAAAUAAGUUUCUUUGGUAGGUAGAUUCUAGAAUGUGUACUCUUGAUCUCAAUUUUUUAUGAAUAAGAGCAUCCGGUUCACAUA